GGAGUCCUCGAUCGCGCAGGCUCUUGAUGACAGCUUGCUCCAAGACUCUAUGCCGCGACUCUCUCGAUUAGAGGCGUUACAUCGGAAAGAGCGGGACAGUCUGUUGGCUCGACAAAAGGCAUCUGCUACUGACAGCGGUAACACUGAUAUGGCUCUCAAUACGAAUUGGAUGCGGCGCACAGGGUGGGCUAAAACGUUCGCCGAUUCAGACCGAUCGUUCCUUGCGAAAGUAGCACAGAUGCCUCAGGUUGCGGAACAUGGCCUGUUACUAGGCACCUCCAACGGUACCGAUCUCUACAGUUGAAAGGCGGACGAGCAAAGGCUAGUGCUUAUGAUCGCGGCUCUGGGUCGUGCAUUUGACCG